UGAUUUGUGAUUGACAAAAAAUAUAAACAUUCCGUAAAAAUCGAUUCUCCCCCAAAACAAUGCAUUGGUUUAAGGUUGUCUCCGUUUUUUUUGCAUGGAAACGCAGCUGGAGCGUGUAAGAAAGAUAAACGCCGAAUCAGCUUUACGUUAUUUUCUACCAAUACUCUUCAAAAUAAAGAAGAAAAGUGACGCUCGCGAAAAAUAUUUUAUGUGAAAAUGCAGUUGAAAAAUGGGAAGUUAAUUAAAUUUUGACAGCAGUACACUCCUAACCUCAAAUAUAUCGCAAAUUCAUUCUUCUACAAAUGCAAAAGUAACCCUAAAAAUCGUGAAAUUAUUUUCUAUUAAUUGCGUUAUGGCUUCUCUAAUAAGGAUUACCCUCAUAGCUGUAUUUUGUGCCCUUUUUGCAACUACUGCUGCUUCUCGGGUUUUGGAAUUAAGUGACAGAUUUCUAGAAAUUCACAAAGAAGGACAAUGGCUCGUUAUGAUGUAUGCACCUUGGUGUGCCCAUUGCAAACGACUGGACCCCAUUUGGGCUCAUGUUGCUCAACACCUUUACGCUACCUCUAUAAGAGUUGGCCGAGUCGAUUGCACUCGGUUCACAAGCGUUGCUCACAAUUUCAACAUCCGAGGCUAUCCUUCCAUUUUAUUUUUGAAAGGUGAGCAACAAUUUACGUACAACGGCGAUCGUACGAAAGAUGAAAUAGUUAAAUUUGCUUUGAGACUGAAUGGUCCACCAGUCCAAGAGAUUAAAAAAACCGAGAGCUUUGAUACGAUCAAAAGAGAUCGUGGCUUGUACUUUUUGUACGUCGGCGAACGUUCUGGUCCGUUAUGGGAUCUUUAUCAUCAAACUGCAGACAUGUUUCAACCUCACGCAUUCUUCUACCAAUCGCAUCCGGUCGUGGUCGACCGACAUGCUCCGGUGGAAAAUACUCCUGCAAUUUUUGUCUACAAAGAGAACAAACACUAUACAUUCACGGGACACAAUCACAGCGACAUCGUUAAACUGAACGAAACAAUAUACAAGUGGAUAAACGCUGAAAGAUUUGCCACUUUUCCAAAAGUUACUCGUGGCAACAUCAAUCAAUUAUUUUUAACCAAGAAAAAUCUUGUUCUCGCUGUCGUUGAAGAAAACGCUGUCGAAGACGUCGCCCCGGAUAUGCUCGAGUUCCGGGACAUGGUAGAAUCCAUUAUUAAGGAAAAACGCGAUAAAUAUCACGAACACUUCCAAUUUGGCUGGAUUGCGAAUGGAGACUGGAUCAAUAGUAUUGCUAUGAAAGUCUUGCCUUUGCCCAGCUUAAUCGUAAUAAAUACGAGCACGAGUCAUCACCAUAUUCCGGAUGAUGAGCCACGAAAAUUAACUCCUCAAGCAAUAGAAAUGUUCCUAGAUCAUAUUCACAACGAUACUGCCCAGAAAUACGGUGGAAACGGUUGGCUGGUCCAAAUUUACAGAUCGUGGUUCGAUCUCAAAAUGACACUGUCCUCGAUGUGGAAGGGAAAUCCGGUUGUGACAGUCGUGGUGUUCGGUUUACCAGCACUUUUUCUAUCAUUGAUUUGUUACGGAAUUUGUUGUCCUGACUUUUUGGACGCAGGCGAGGACGAAGAUGGCGAAACGAACGGGAGCCACAUGAAAAGGGAUUGAACCAAAUUUCUCCCUCCGACAAUAUUUCCCGGACGAAUUAUCGCGAAACAGUGGAAAAAAAUCGAAAUAUAAAGAAAAAAGUACAUUUUCUCAGUUUUUCCUUCUAAAUGAAAAUUUUCAAAUAUUCAUUCCUCUUAUCAUUGUGUUGAGAAUUGAAAAAAGAAAUACCUUUAAAGGAAAUUCAAUUUACUUUCCAAAAUCGGUGUUCAUUAAUAUUUAUUAAUUAGGCUUAAUUAAUUGCAAAUAUACAAUGUGAAAUGAAAAAAAAUUGUCUUUAAAUAAUGAAAGAAAAAAUACAUUUCCAAAUAUUA